UCUGCUACCUCCUUCCCAUUCCAGUAAAAGAGAUAAAAUUCUUGAUACAAGUAUGCAUAGUCAGAUAAAACACAUUCCUAUGUUGGGUAUAUCCAAAAGGCAUGUUUUACUCUGUGCCCCAAGUGCUUAACCCUCUCUUUCCUUAAAGUAUAGGUUCAACCAUGUCAUUCCUCUACUUAACAAACUCCAAUGGCUCCUAGUACUUCCAAGAUCAAAUAUAAAACGUUCUGGUGUCCAAAGCACUUUAUAACUUAGCAUUCCUCCCUCCAACUUUCUAUACUUAUACCUCAUACCUCUCCCCUACAACACACUUUUUUUUACAAGGAUACUGGUCUCCUUGAUGUGCAUUGAACAAGACAUUCCAUUUUCCAACUCUGGGAGUUUUCACAAGUUGUCAGUCAUGUAUGAAAUGCUGUCCCUUCUUAUCACUGCCUCUUGGCUUUCCUGGCUUAAGUCCAAGUAACAUCUCACUUUCCACAGGAAGAUUUUCCCAAAUCCCUUUUAAUUCUACUACCUUUCCUCUAUUAUUUCCUAUUUAUCUUGAAAUAGCUUGUUUUUACAUGCUGUGUCUCCUGUUAGGUUGUGAACUUGGGCAGAGACUGUCUGGAUAGUCUUUUGCUUUUCUUUAUAUUGGCACAGUGCCUGGCAGAUACCAGGUACUUAACACUUAAUGUUUAUUGACUGUGACUGUCAAGAGAUGGGUAUCAUUUUUCAAAAUGAGCACUCUGGAAUUGUUCACUACAUUGAUCAGAAUUCUUAUAUCAUUAAAAGUUUAUUUUUAUAAUGUUACUGUGUUCUGCUUAUUUCACUCUACAUCAGAUCAAAUAAGUUUUCCCAGGUGUCAAUAAAACUAGACAUUUCAUUUCUAAUAGCAUAAUUAUAUUCUAUUACUUUCAUAAACCAUAAUUUUCUCAGCAGUUCCCCAAUUGAGAAGUACCCCUUAAUUUCAGGUUCUUUACCACUCACUACAAAAACUGCUCUAAAUAUUUUUCUAUAUACCAAUCCUUUUCCUUUUUCUUUGAUUUUUUUUUUUUUUUUUUUGAGGUGUAGAUCUAGUAGUGGUAUCACUGGAUCAAAAGGUAUGGACACAGACAUGAACAUUUUCCCAUAUAAGGCAAAAAAAUGCUUUAUUUUAAUACACAUUUUAUUUAACAAUAAUUUGUUAUUUCAUAUCCAGUAUAUUUUAUUUUUACCCCUUUUAACUUCAUUUUUUCCUGAACAUUUUUUAAAAAAUUAGUUUUUUUCCUCCCUUUCCCCAUCAGUAUCACUGGCCCCAUAUAUCCCAAAUAAACACAAUCAAAUAAAUUUAGGUCAUAGUCAUCUCUCUUCUACCCCUAUAAACAUUAUUUGGGAGGCAUUCAUCAUCAAUCUUUUAGAACUAUUAUUGGUCAUCAUUUUGUCCAGAAUUCUUAAUUGUAUCAAAAAAUAUUUUUGUGUAUGCUUUGUGUAUAUAGUACUUCAAUAAUGAAGUAGUAUAUAUAAUGUAGCAAAGACUGUCAAGCUGUGAUUACAGAGGCUGUCUUGCUUUUGUCUUUGUAUGCCCUAUACCUAAUUUAGUGCUUUUUGAAUGUAGUUAAGUGCUUAAUAAAACAUCUAUUGAAUUGAAUUGCUUUAAUUGUGCAUAAAUGCUUUGUUAAUGUUAUUCUUUUUAUAUUAGGGAUCUGAAAGAUUCAUCUCCAGAAAUGUCAGACAAAGAAGAUUGCCAUGCAAGCUCAUCCAAUGAUCUUGUUAAAGAUGAUGACCAGUGCCAUCAUUAUCAUAGAAUUCUUCUGGAGCCUCAGGAGAAAAAGAAUACUGACUUUAAAGAAUGUGUGGUCAAAAAGUUAAAGAAGACUUGCUGUUGUAGCCCAGCCAAAGCAAAAAACUGGAUUUUGGGAUUCAUGCCAGUCUUGCAAUGGCUCCCUAAGUAUGAUCUGAAAAAAUAUCUUCUUGGAGAUGUAAUGUCGGGCUUGAUUGUAGGCAUCUUAUUAGUCCCACAGUCCAUUGCAUAUUCCCUUCUGGCAGGCCAAGAGCCAAUUUAUGGUCUGUACACUUCUUUUUUUGCUGGAAUAAUUUAUUUCUUAUUUGGAACAUCCAGACACAUCUCAGUGGGUAUUUUUGGAGUGUUAUGCCUCAUGAUUGGUGAAGUAGUUGACCGGGAGGUACACAAAGCUGGUUAUGGGGUGGAACAUACAGAUAAACCUGGCAUUUUUAAUCACAUAAACGAAAGUGUCAUCAUUCUACCUGUGAACCAGACCUCAGAACAAAUCUGUAACAAAAGCUGCUAUGCAAUUACUGUUGGCACAACAGUAACUUUCAUAGCUGGAAUUUAUCAGGUAGCCAUGGGCCUGUUUCAAGUUGGCUUUGUCUCUGUCUACCUAUCCGAUGCUUUGCUGAGCGGAUUUGUCACUGGUGCCUCCUUUACUAUUCUUACUUCUCAGGCCAAAUAUCUUCUAGGACUAAACAUCCCUCGAAGUAGUGGUGUGGGCUCUCUUAUCACUACCUGGAUAUAUAUCUUCAAAAACAUUCACAAGACCAAUUUCUGUGACCUCAUUACUAGUCUUUUGUGCCUUCUUGUCCUUGUGCCAACCAAAGAACUCAAUGAACACUUCAAAUCCAAGCUUAAGGUACCAAUUCCCACUGAGUUGGUAGUUGUUGUGGCCGCCACACUGGCAUCUCAUUUUGGCAAACUAAAUGAAAAGUAUGGCACCAGUAUAGCUGGACACAUCCCUACUGGGUUCUUGCCCCCCAAAGCACCAGACUGGAACUUGAUUCCCAAUGUGGCUGUUGAUGCAAUAGCUAUUUCCAUCAUUGGUUUUGCUAUCACUGUGUCACUGUCAGAGAUGUUUGCCAAGAAGCAUGGCUACACAGUGAAGGCCAACCAAGAAAUGUAUGCCAUUGGUUUUUGUAAUAUCAUUCCUGCUUUCUUUCACUGCUUCACAACUAGUGCAGCUCUUGCCAAGACCUUAGUCAAAGAGUCAACAGGCUGUCAGACUCAAGUUUCUAGUGUGAUGACAGCAUUGAUUCUUUUAUUGGUCCUCCUUGUAAUAGCACCUUUAUUCUACUCCCUUCAAAAAUGUGUCCUUGGAGUGAUUACCAUUGUAAAUCUUCGGGGAGCUCUUCGAAAGUUUGGUGAUUUGCCCAAGAUGUGGAGGCUUAGCAAAAUGGAUACACUUAUUUGGUUUGUUACUAUGCUUUCCUCUGCACUGAUAAGUACUGAAAUUGGUUUGCUUAUUGGGGUCUGCUUCUCUAUGUUUUGUGUCAUCCUUCGUACUCAGAAGCCAGAAGCUCCUAUACUUGGUCAUGUGGAAGAGUCUGAAAUCUAUGAGUCCACAUGUGCCUACAAGAAUCUGCAGACUGAGCCAGGAAUUAAGAUUUUUCGUUUUGUAGCUCCCCUCUAUUAUAUCAACAAAGAAUGUUUUAAAUCUGCUUUGUACAAGAAGACUAUCAGUCCAGUCUUAGUGAAGACAGCACAGAAGAAGGCAGCAAAGAGAAAGCUCAAAGAGAAAAUGGUGACUUUCAGUGGCUGUCAGGAUGAAGUUUCCAUGAACCUCUCUUCUGAGCCCCUAGAGCUCCAUACUAUAGUGAUUGACUGCAGUGCCUUGCAAUUUUUGGAUACAGCAGGAAUCCAGACCCUCAAAGAAGUUCGCAAAGAUUAUGCAGACAUUGGUAUCCAGGUUCUCCUCGCACAGUGCAAUCCUUCUGUGAGGAGUUCGCUGUACCAUGGAGAGUACUGCACAAAAGAGGAGGAAACUCUUAUCUUUUGCAGUGUUCACCAAGCAUUUUGUUUUGCCCUAGACUUGCAAAAACAGAAAGCAUUGUGUGCUUCCAAUGGUUUAAGUACUUCUACUGACUAAUUACUAGGAGAAAAUGGGGUGGACAGGAGUGGGGAACAAAUAAAAGCAACAGGUUUGUCUCUUCCAUGAACAUUAUUUUCUAUUACCAUAUAAAGUCAGUGAAUUAUGAUGGGGGAAGAGGCAUAUAGUUUAUAUCAGUGCUUGCAAUUAGCUAGAAUUAGGAGAAAAUAAUAAUUUCAUCCUUUUGGUGCAAAUAAGGGUAUGCAAAUAUUUGUAUACAACUACUUAUGAAGUAGUUUUAUGGUUUAAAUGCUUAUUUGUAUUUGGACUAUUCCCUUUUAGAAACAAGGGUGCUAUACCAGGGGAAAUUAAAAAAAAAAAAUACUAAAAAGGACAAUGUUGUACUGUAGAAAACUUAAGCAUCAAGAAAAGUGGAUUCUCUCUAUCCCAGUCCACAACUGCCAAAUUAAAUGAGCUCAGACAAAUCACAACCUCUGUGAACCUCAAUUUACUCGUUUGUAAAAGCAGGGGGUUGGACUACUUGAUCUGUAAGGUCCCAUCAGCUCUGAAAUUUAUUGACCUUAUGGGUGAUCAACUUAAAAAUUUAUACCAGGACCACCAUCUUUGUGGUAAUGUGGAAGAGAAUGGUGGGAGGGGCUUUGUACAACAGUUGCUUUUAUUUUCAUCUAUAUUUUUGCUUUCUACCAAAGAGCUGAGAGGCUGUGGCAUUACCAGGUUCACCCAGAACAAGUUCUUCUUGUGCCUUGUUUUUCUGCCUACCUCCCUAGAACUUGUGGUAAUGGAAUCUCUAGCAUUUUGAAAAAGAAGCAUCAGCAUUCUUUUUAGGUGGGGAUUCUCAUGAGGUUGAACUUGGUCAGGCUCCUGGGAGCAAAUGCCAGGAGGAAAAUGCCUCUCAAUAAAUGAACUUUUCUGAUGGGGCUAACACAUCACAGGAACUUAAGUUAACACAGGGUACUUUUGGAAAUCCAUCACAUCCAAAGAGCCUAGAUAAAGACUCAACCUAGUAUGUGCUGUGAUUUGAUGUUUUCUUUCUUUGUUUAUCAGCAAGAAUGAUAUAAAGAUCUAUUUUCUACCUCUUCUUUUUUAUGCGACCUGUCCAUGCUUAUUCCUAAGGACUUCAUCACCAGUGAAUGUUAUUUCAUUUGGGGGAGAGUCUGCUUUACAUUUCUAGGAAUCUGUUCAGAUGAAAAUGACACUGUAGAAAAAGCACAAGAUUCAGAGUUAGAGCUGGGUUUGUGUUUCCUACUACUACUACUACUACUACUUAUGCAGGCCAAGUCACUAGACUUUUUUGGGCCUGAAUGUUCAUCUCUGUGAAAUGAUGGGAUUGGCCUACACGACCUUUUAGAUCCCUCUGGUCCUAAAAUCUAUGAUAUUUCUCUAGUUAUCUGGUAACACACCUUUAAAAAAAUUUUGACUAAAGAGUACAAUCUUAACUGCGUCAAAUAUUUAAUUGCCUAUAACAUAUGAGAUGAUGCUUGUUUUCCUGUCCCUCCCUCCCUAUCUCUUCUAGGUAUGAUGUUAAUUCAAGCUAUGAGGAGAAAAACAUAGCCCACAAGUUUUAAACAUUUCUAUGAUGUUAAUAUUCUAAAAAAUCAUCCUUCAGUAUGACUUUAACGUUGGUUUGCAAAAGGGAAUAUUUGAUGGGUCUUCUUUGGAAUUAAUUCUCAUAGUAUUUCAGCAAGAGAGCCAUAUAGAUUAUCUUUUUUUUAUAAAAAUCAUAUUCUGAAGUGGUAACUAUAAUAUAGCAAACAGUGUUGCAUGUUCCCCCUCCCUCCACCAAUGAUGCCAAUAAUGAACUUUUUUAGGCAUGAACUAAUAUACUGUCUUGCAGGAACUUUCAUUUGCCCUAUGAGUGACUAAUAAAUUAAUGAUGGCCACAAUGGUUCUUUAUUGGUAAGAUUUCUUAAAUUUAAUUAUGUCACCAUCUUAAACAACACAAUGUUGUUUUCUAAGUAAGAAUAAUAAAGCAUAUAAAUUUAAGGUUUCUCUCUUGAAAGGCAAGAACAUUUAUCUAGUGAUAAUUUUUUAAAAUGCAUACAUAGCAUUGCGCUUAUUGGGUAAAUAGAAGAUCCCAUGUCUCAGGAAUAGCCAAUUCCUUCUGUGAGAGUAAAAUCUUCCAAUACAGUUAUUUCUUAAACAGAUGAACUUGGAGGAGAUUUUGAUAGAUUGUACUUUUUUGUAUGUGCAAAAGCCAAGUACUUCCUUAGAAAGAAUGAGAUGUACUUUAAAAGCAUAUUUAUAAAGAAAAGACAAUAGUUUUUUCAGUAGUAUUUUGGUGAAGUUAUUAGAAAAUGUCACAAAUUACCUUGAUAUGAAAAAAAAUUUAUAUGUCUUUGCUGGGGGGGAAGGAGGAAGAGGAUAAUUCUGUUCCAUGGUGACUGACUAGAGUAUUUCUCAAUAUUACAGAUUAAAUUUUAAUUAGAAAAAAAUUGGAUGUCAGUGUUUCAGAUCCAUUGAUCCAUGUCAUGAUGUACACUGAACAGUUAUUCUUUUAAAUAUUUUUAUUUAAUAUACUGAAGAAUAAGUUUUCAGGAGAAUAUUAAUAUUAUGGAACUAUUUAAAACUUCAUGUUUUUCUCUCAUAAUUUUUCUCUUACUUUUCUUAGAUUAUAUUCAGUGCACCUUGAGUACACAAAAUACAUCAACACUUAUUUUGUUACUAAAGGGAAAAUAAAAAAUGUAAAUGGCAAAAGAAGAAAAAAAAAUUUUUUUUUUUUGGCUGAGGCAGCUGGGAUUAAGUGAGUUGCCCAGGGUCACACAGCUAGUUUCUGAGGCCAGAUUUGAACUCAGGUCCUCGACUUCAGAGCUGGUGCUCUAUCCACUAUACCAACUAGCUGCCCCAGAAAAAUAUUUCUUAACUAAAUUAUUUCUCUGAUGCAUGUUAAUGCAGUGGGAUCCUAAAGAUAGGUAGUUUAGGAAGAACACACUCUAAGAAGUAAUUUUUAAUCAGGAAAAAAUGGCAACCAAAAUAUAUUUUAGUUCAGUUCUUGAAGUAAGUAUAUGGGAUCUUAGAUUUAAAAACUUAUUUUAGGGGCUGUUAAGACUGUAAUAUUACAUUUAGUUGCUUACACUUGUGGCACUAUAAAUAUAAUUGGAUACUGUGUAUCCUGUGAUUUAUAAAAUGAAUUUAUAUCUAAUGAAUGAAUUUAAAUGCAUUUAUUGAGUGCUUAUUCUGUGUCAGGAAUGAUAAAACAAACAAACAAAAAAUCAAGGUUGGAUCUUGCAUUUCUUAAAAGAGCUAUGUGAAUUAUGAGAAGUCAAUAGGAUAAUGGUGUUUGAAAAAUAAACCAACACCACCACAUUUUAGCUCAAGGUUCCUUUUGCCUCACUCAGUUUCCAUGCAUCUGAAUUUAUAUACCCAACAAAGUGAAAAGAGAAUUAAGUAAGUUAAUUUCUCCUUUACAAAUAUAGGAAAAUUUAUCAAAAUUAGUCUAGCCUUAUGAUUUCAUUAAUAUAGGAAAUUACCUCUCAAUAUAGACUGGCAAUCCAUAUGUAACUUGAUCUUAGUGACCUGGGGCAUGGCCCCAUUUAUCAUUAAAAAUUUGACAGAAGUUAAUAUUUCAAUGAAUUCCUAAAUUUAAUGAAAUGUGUUUAAAUGUCAUUGUUCAGAAUAAAGUAGACCCACUACAUGUUGUGAUAGAAUUUUAAUUUGCAUGGCUAGUUGUUGCUAAUGUUUACAGUGUUUCUCUAAGCUUCUAAAUACAAAGAAAAUAAGCCCUUAGCCCUUGGAUCCCUCAAAUUCAGGUUUAAAUAGUGACUUCCAUCACAUACUAUCUCAAUGGAAGUGAAACUAAGAGCAUUUAAUGAUUAUAAAGAACUCAGGCUGAUUUCUUACUGCAGCAAAUCCAGUAUAGCAAAAUUUGACCUGUGUUUAUGCAUGUAUAGCAGCAUGUCUAGUUAAUCAGUCAAUAGUUUUCAGCAUGGGACCAAGUCCUGAAAAUAUAAAUUCUAUCAAAAAGCAAAGCAGCCCCUCCCCCUCAAGGAACUGACAACACAUAAAAAUAAUAUACAGAGGUGGGACAAAAGAUAAAGGUGCCCAGCAUGUAAAGAAAAUCCAGAGCCUGAAGAAGAGCCUGGAGAGAAUUAAAGAUGGUAUUCUCUGCUAAGUGAAAUGAACAGAACCAGGAGAUCAUCAUAUACCUCAACAACGAUACUGUUUGAGGAUGUAUUCUGAUGGAAGUGGAUCUCUUUGAUAAAGAGAGCUAAUUCAGUUUCAAUUGAUCAAGGAUGGACAGAAGCAGCUACACCCAAAGAAAGAACACUGAGAAAUGAAUAUAAACUACUUGCAUUUUUGUUUUUCUUCCUGGGUUAUUUAUACCUUCUGAAUCCAAUUCUCCCUGUGCAACAAGAGAACUGUUUGGUUCUGCACACAUAUAUUGUAUCUAGGAUAUACUGUAACCUAUUUAACAUGUAAAGGACUGCUUGCCAUCUGGGGGAGGGGGUGGAGGGAGGGAGGGGAAAAAUAGGAACAGAAAUGAGUGCAAGGGAUAAUGUUGUAAAAAAUUACCCUGGCAUGGGUUCUGUCAAUAAAAAGUUAUUAAAAAAAAAAAAGAGAGAGAGAGAGAGAGAGUAGGUAAAUGAAAAUUUGAGAACCUCACAAUGGAAAAAAAUGAAAUAGAACCUUCCUUAUGAACAAGAAAUAAUCAUUCCUUCUCCAUCUAAAAAAAUAAAAAAUUAAAAAAAUAAAGAUGGCAUCCUCCUUAAAAUGGAGGUUCUAGGAGAAAUAGAAAUUGGAAGGAAAGAUCCUGAGGUGAAAGGUACUUCCAGUGUUUGAAGUACAGGAAUGGAAUGAGCUUUUAGAUUGAAGAAAUUUCUGCCAAAACAGCAAGAAAAAACAAUGAGCAAAUUAGCAAAACUAGAAGAUCUAGUUUCAAAUCUUAUUUCAAACACAGAUCUGGGAUCACAUCACCUUAUCUGAUAAGCUCUAAUGGCUUCCAAUUUUCAAGAUCAGAUAUAAAAUAAUUUUUUCAGCUUUUAAAGCCCUUCACUAUUAAAGUUCUUUUCUACCAUGUUUGUCUUGUCCCUUAUUCCCUGUACUCUACUGUUCAAAACCACCAAGAUUGCUUGCUGUUCCUUGUACAAGCCAUUUCAGCUUCCAAUUCAGAAUUCUCAGUGGUUAUCCUCCAUGUCUGGAAUGCUUCUCUUCCUCAUUUCUCAUAUUCUGGUUUUCCUCCAGUCCCAGCUAAAAUCCUGCAUUUUAAAAUUUCCCAGGUCCCUACUCAAUGCCAUUGAUUUCUGAAGUUAUCUUCCAUUUACGCUAAAUAUUUCAUUUGCACAUCGUUUGCAUGUUACUUCUUCUAUUAGAAUGUUUUUACCUUCUUUUAUAUUCUUUGGGCUUACUUAAAUCAGCAUUGGGCAAACUAAAUAUUUAAUCAAUGUUUAACUUGACUGAUUUUUCCUAUUUCAAAGGAAAGAAAAUCAUUACUGUCAAUGGGGAUAAUACUAAAUGAAGUUUAAUAUCAUCAUUAUUUUAGAAAGCAAUGACUACUAAAGUUUCAAAGUCUGCAGAAAUGUUUACUCUUUCCAUAUGAACAGCUUUUAGUUCUCAUUCACACAUACACACAUACAUUCUCCAGGACUUUAUCCCUGAUAAACUUCACCCUCUUAGUCCAUCAUUCUAGUUUUUUAAUCUAUUGGGAUCCUAAUUAUUUUAUGCAAAAAUUUAAUGCUUUCUAGAUUUGUGUCCACAGAUAUGAUAAACAUGCUCUUUUGUCUCUACAUCUAAAAACUUCCUUUCAGUGCUCAACACAUUAUCCUACCAUAAACUUUUAAUUGGAUGUAAGAUGUGAGGCAUGAAUCUAAAACUCAUCUUCCAUUCAUCCAAUUUUCCUUACAGUUUUUAUUAAAUUUCAUUCCCCAUUGGGGAAAACAUUGGUUUGUUUUUUUUUAAAUAGAUUUCUCAUACACUAACUCUUGUACAUUAGAUUGCAUUUCUGGAUUCUCUUCUAUUCCACUGAUCUGUUUGUGUGUGUGUGUGUAUACUUUUUUUUCCCCCCAGUAUCAGUUUUUGGAAUUACUGGAGAGCUUUUUGUUUUAAAUUAAACCAAUAAUUUCAUUGGCGCAGUUAGGUGUCAGAGGGGAUAUUAUUUCAGGCUUGGAGUCAGGAAUACUCACGUCCCCAAGUUCAAAUCUAGCCUAGAAAACUGUGUGAUUGUGGAAAAGUCAGUUUGCCUCAAUUUUCUCCUGUGUAAAAUGAGCUGGAGAAGGAAAUGGCAGACCACUCUAGUAUCUGCUAAGAAAAACCCAAAUGGGAUCACAGACAUAACUGAAAAAUGAACAGUUUUAGGGAGAGUUGCUUGGGCCACUGAAGACUAAGUGACUUAGUGAAGGAUCAUGCCCCCAAAAUUAAUUAGAGAUGGAACUUGAGCUCAGAUCUUCCUAGGAUUGGUUCUCUAUUCACUAUACUAAGCUGCCUCAUAUAAUAUAUAUAUAAAUAUAUCUUUUAAAAUAUGCUAGCCCAUCACCCAUUUUAUUUUGCAUAGUUCUCAUUUUCAAAAUAUAUAGUUUUCAACAUUUGCCCAUGCAAAAUCAUGUGUUCCAAAUUUUUCUUCCUCCCUUUCCCCCAUUCCUCUGCCCUAGACAGCAAGUAAUUCAAUAUUAAACAUGUUGCAUAGUUCUUGAUAUUAUUUUGUUAUAAUAUUAUUGAGUUUCAUGAAAUAAAUUCUAUUGGUCAACUAUCAAAAUAUUAAUUUUUGGUAUUUUGAUGAAUUGUAUUGAACAUAUAAUUUGAUUUGGGUUUGAUUUUUAAACUAUAUUUGCUGUUCAGUUCUAUGCUUUCUGUCAAAAUUAAUUUGAAGUCCUUAUGUGUCUUUUUUAUAUGUUUCAGAUUAGUGACCAAAUAGUUGGUAUAUUUUUGUCAUAAACGGUAUUGCACUAUAAUUUCUUUUUUUGUUGUUGGUGAUAUAUAGAAAUGCAAAUGAUUUUUGCUAAAGUAAUUUUUCAGUUUUUCUUGAAGAUUUUUAGUUUUCUGGAGAUUUUACCAUGUCACUUAGAAAUAAGAGAUAUUUUCAUUUCUUUACUGACAAUGCAUUUGUUUCAUGCUGUAUUACUAUGGAUAUUUCUAAAACUUUGUCACAUAAAGAUAAAAGUAGAUAGCCCUUGAUAGCCCUUGACUUAUUGUGUCUAGUGGGAAUACUUUUAAUGUUUCUUUGUUGUAUAUAAUAUUAGCUUAUGAUUUUAAAUGUAUAUAUUAAGGAAACUUUGGCACUAUAAUAUUUUUAGUGAGUUGAGUUUUGUUUUUGACAUAUACGAAUGCUGCAUUUCACCAAAAGCCUUCUUUUCAUCUAAUUAUGAUGUAAACUUUUUUCAGCUUGAUAUUUGUUCUGCUUAAUAAUUAACAUUAAUAAUUAAAAUUCUAUUAGAGUGAA